UGGAAUAUGGAUAGCAGACGAAAAUAUCUUUACAAACAGCAUGCAGUGCCAUGUGCAACUGAGAACUGACAGUGAAAUAAAUCAAAUAGAUUGUAAUUUACACAUUUUCGCUGGUCUUGUUUCAAAAGAAAAUGAGUGGUGAAGUGAUGUCAAGGAAAAGAGCUGCACGGAUUGAGCGACGUAAAUCCCGAGUUGCAGCAAUUUUCAAAGUCGACGAAAAGCCAGAGUUCCAGGAAAUAACGAGUGCACAGAAAGAAGAACAAGGAGAUGAGCCACCAGAGAAGCAGUUGCAGUUGAGUCAGUUGAGUGACGAAGAAUACAAAGCACUUAGGACGAAACUCAGGGAAAGAAACAGAUUGACACAGUAUACCCCUGUAUUUAGACUUGUUCAAUUAGGCCUCACUGCCAGUUUGAAUGUCCCCAAGGCUUCUCGCAUUCCUGUUCUUGUGACUGAUGUGCAAACCCUUUUCUUGUAUACUAUUAUUGGGGAUUCCCGCUAUGACCACUAUAAGUGGUGCAGUCUUAACAAAUGGAAUAACCUGACACAAACACUGAUUUUGAUUGUUGAAGAUGUAUCAGUGGAUGAGUUAGAAAAUAAUACUGAUGUUUUCUCAGGGACUCUGAAAAUUUUUGAAGAUGUAGUAGAAAUGAGUAAUCCAGCAAGUGAUGGCUUUAGUCUUGAUCUUGCCUUAGCCUAUGUACCACUCAGUUAUGCAAUGAAGAGAAGAGUAAUGGAAGGCUAUCCUUCCUUGCAAGCUGCCUGUAAGGAUGGGUACAUAUAUGGAGUUACUGACUCACCAGUUCAAGAAAAUACUGAUAAAUUAUCUGCUGAAAGCCAUUCAUCAGAGAUUCCAACUAUAAAUUCAGAACAAAUUGUUUCAGGAUUGAAAGAAAAAACAACAGAGGCAAAAACCGAAAGAGAUGGAGAAAAAACAAGUAGGAACUGCUUGUCGAAUAACACCGAAGAGGGAAAUGUAGUGACGGGUGAUGUGAUGAGUGAGGAAAAAAGGCAGUGCAACGAAUCAGAUCUGAUAAAAACUGAUGUAGCCUCAAGAGUACAGGAGCAGGCUAAUUUGAAUGAAGUAACGUCUUCAAACGGCGGUACAUGUUUAGAUAUCAUUACCCAGGAAGACAAAAGCAAAUGUAGUCGACUUGAGUUGUUGUUAAACGCCUCUCAACUUAUCUCCGAACUGUAUCCUUUGCCUGGCAACGAAGAGUGUUGCAAUUUUGUUUUCACUCAGAAUGAAUACGAUCCUGUCACUGAUCAGUCGCCCAUGUUUUCGAUAGACUGCGAAUGGUGCACUUGUGUUGAUGGAUCAUAUGGUUUGGCUCGCGUGGCUGUUGUUGAUGAAAAUUUGAAAACUUUAUAUCACACUUACGUCAAACCAGAUUUGGCGAUUGCGGAUUACCUUACGAGAUAUUCGGGAAUUACCGAAGAGUUACUCCUGGAUGUUAAGAAGACCCCUUCUGAUGUUCAGCAGGAUUUACGAAAUUUGUUACCUUCUGACGCCAUUCUUGUUGGCCAAUCUCUACAGUCUGAUUUAAAAGCCUUAAAAAUGUUUCAUCCGUACAUCAUCGACACUUCCGUGAUUUUCAAUAUGACCGGCACGCGUUCCUUCAAAAGCAAACUCAAAGUGUUGGCGGCUUCAUUCUGUGGCCGUCGCAUUCAGGAUUCUUCAGAUGGUCAUGACCCGACAGAAGAUGCAAUUGCUGCAAUGGAGCUAGUACAAAAGAAGAUGAAAAUGGGAACAGAAUUUGGAGAUGUUAUUCUAAUUAGGGAUUCCUUUCCUCAUUCGUCAGCGGAGGGAAAUAACCAGGAUAAUCUCAUUCAUAUGAAGCUCUUUACUUUCAUUCAAAGUCACAACAAGAGUGCAACGUUAAUCACCACACACCCUUCUGUAGAAAAGUCUUAUCGCCCAGGAUUACUUAAACUCAAUUCGGCUGUUGUCAAGAGAAAAAAAGAUGAAGAAUCAUUGGCAGAGCCUGUUCAAAUGCUCGUUGCUAGUGAUUUAAAUGAAGCCGUAACAGUAACAUCACGUUCACGUUUCAACAACAACUUCACCCUUGUUCAUACUUCUUUGGAAAAAGGAGAGCUGGACUGCAAAGCGAAAUUGAAAGAUCUAGACAAAGCCAUUGUAGAAAUAUACCAUGGAGUUUCUGUGAAUGGAAUGAUGAUUGUAAUAUUUGGGGGGAAAACUAAUCCUGUGCAGAACGGAGCUUGUCUUGUGCGUGUAAAUAACAGAUCUCGACCAUUGUGAAUUACAAUGCAUUUGAAUUUGAA